AAAAAAAAUAAUAUAUUCACUAAAAAAUAAAAAUACAGAGUAAAAUUAGUUAAAAAAGUAAGUAAGUAAGUUUGGAGUAUAAAGAAAAGUACUAUAAUAUAGCAAGAUUAAAGACUGCAAAUGAGUGAUUAUAAUGAAUAGGAGAAGACUAUGCUUAUUGAGUCAAUGGCUAAACUCAUUGAGCAUAUUCAUGACAGUAAAGUUCAUCAGACAGAAAUUUUUAAUUCUCUUACAACAAAUGACUUAUUAAAGAUCCUUUCAAAUAUUGAAGAUAAAAAUUUAAAAUUACGAAAAACGUCUUGUAGAUUUUUGUGCGAGCUUCUUUACGAUAAUAAUUAGGUGCAAGAUUUAUUCUGUGAAUUAACAGGAGUAUUACCAAUAGAUGGAAAAGUUUGUAUAAACAAAAUUCCUGAAUCAUUUAAUUAGCAUAUGAGAUUUAUUCCUGAGAUUCUCGAAAUCGUAAAAAGUAGUCCUAUUCCUGUGAAUGAUAAUGGAAAAGCUCCUCUUUGCUGGUAUUUUUCCAGUAAAAUAGAUUACAAUCAACCCUUCAGAGUCUAGUUCUUUUAUCCUUAAGAUUAAAAUAAUUUUGAUUCUUCUGAGUUCAUAGAUCCAUAGGAGUCCAUUUUUGGGUUUGUAAUCAAUAGCCCUUUUAAGCAGAAAAGGCCUGAAAAGGACUCAAAAGGAUCUUCAAUUAUAUAAGAUAUAUCAAAAUAUUCUAUAGAAAAGGAUUCAUAUAAAAGCUAGCAUAACAAUCAAACUUCAUUGAAUUCUUCAAGAGUUUCUCCAAUUAAAAAGAGAGAAGCCUAAAUAUCUAGCAAUAAUUCUAGCAGUUUUAUUAAAAAAAUAUAAUUUAAUAGCAGCAGUUCAAGAUAAGAUAGGUCUUUUUCAGAUAAAAAGGAUGUCAUUAAGAUGGUUUAAUCUUAAUUAGGAAAUAAUAAUUUAUAGGAUAGUUUAGAUCAGUCCUACUAGCAAAAUUAUCAGAAUUAAUUAAAUAAAAAUGCAACUAAUAGCCAAGAUUAAAGUAUAUCUAAGGUUACUUAACCGAAUAGUGCUUCAAGAAAGGAUAAUAUUUCAUCGUUUUAAAAUAAUACACUUCCAGGAGAAAUAUCAUUGAAUGAUUCAAUAGAAUUCGUUAAUAUGGCAAAAGCAUUCAGCCCUUAUAGUCCAAGAUACGAAUUAGCAAUUAGAUAAAAGCACAAUUAAAACUAAAAUAAAUAUCAACUGUUAGAGAGAAGAAAAACUGCAGAAGGAAUAAAUGAAAAAUCACUAAAAUUUAAGAAUAACAUUAAUACAAGCAUAUCUUAAACUAAAUAAAAGUAAAUUUCUAUAUCAAUGGCAGGUAGCAACUCUUUUAGGUAGACAUAUACUUAGUAGAAAAAAAGAGAAUCCUCAAAUUCUACAAGUAAAAACCCUUAAAUAUCCUAAUCAACAGUGCAUGGAGUUCAAAUAAAAAAGUUUUAGCUCUAACCUGACAACCAAAACCAAUCUAACUAAAAUUCUAGCUUUGAGAAUCUCAAAUUAGAGCAAAAGUAUGACAGUUAAAAGACAGGAUAUUCUUUAAAAGAUAAAAGAUACUCACAGCAAGAUUAAUUUUCAAAAUAGGUUAUUAAUGAAAAAAGAAAUGCUGUUAAUGCUUCAUCAUAGGCAAUACCUUCUAAAAAUAAUCCAUAUAAUUUAUUAAGCAAAAGUACUUACGAGCAUCCUCUAAACGAAAAUAACUCUAGCUUAUUCCCUAAUUAAACUCCAAAAUUUACAAAUUUAGAACAUAAAAAUUAUAUAUCAUCUAAAAAUAGUAAUAAUAAUAAUAAUAACGGGUUCAGUUAAAUUUAAAGUAAUACAUAUUCAAAUAAUAUAACGUCAAUAUCUCCUAAUAUAGCCAAUCAUUCAAAUACUCCUUAAUAAUUAAACAGCUAAUUUUCAAAUACACCUACAAGCAGCAAUUAAAAUGGAACAUAAAAAAAAAUAGUUUCUCUGCAUAAUAAAUCUUUAGUUUCUAAAAGCUUAAGUAUUAAUAAUAAUAAAUGAAUGAAAUUAUUAAAAAUAAUUAAUAAUAAUCAAAGUUAAGUAACAAAAAACUAAAAAAAACUAGUUUGUUUAAAAUAUUUUUUCUUAUAUAAAUUUAUUAACAAAAACGCAAACCAAGUUAGUUAAUCAACCAGUAAGUUUGUUAAACAAUCUUAUACUGGAAUAUCUGUCACCACUCCCUAAUAUUAUUUAUAUUAAGAUAUAGUUCAAUACUAUAUUUUUCUAUCUUUCUAUGUUUAAAAAGCUUAUUUUGUAAUUAUUAUUACUUCUUCCAAAUUACUUUUGUUACGAAUUAAUAUAAAUAAAGGAUAACAGCAUUUUAAACAAAAUAAAAAUCUUCUAUUGAAGAAGCUAUAUG